AUGGCGCCCGCGCAACCCGAACUCAAAAGGUAUCUUGAGACUCGCUUCCGCAAAACCAGCUCCGCUUGGAGCGGGCAGCUUUUGACCCCCUCGACGUGCGGGCCAGCGCCAUGCCAGUACUCCGCUGACGCUACGUUGCAGUAUCUCGACAAGAGGCUAUUUGUCCAGCUCAAUGGAAGCCGCAAGGUCAUUGGAGUUCUCCGAGGUUACGAUGUCUUCCUCAACAUUGUCCUCGAUGAGGCUGUCGAGGAGAAGGAGGGAGGAGAGAAAGUCAGGCUGGGCAUGGUAGUUGUCCGCGGAAACUCGGUCGUGAUGCUUGAAGCGCUUGAGAGGAUCGGUGGCGAUGAUCGCGGCGGUCGAUAA